AUGCUGAUAAUUUUUAUCAUCACUUGUCUGCUCGCGACUACGGGAGUCACCCUCGCGGAUUCCGAAUGCCCACCGAUUCAUGAUCCAUUGUACUCAGUUUACCUGAGACAUGAAUCGGAUUGUAGUAAAUUCUAUCAGUGCAGCAAUGGAGUCCCGAUGGAGCUGCAGUGCCCCUCAGGUCUGCUAUUCAAUGAUCAGCUAAACGUUUGCGAUUGGCCCUCGCAUGUGGACUGCGGUGGUGGUGGUGUUAGCACGGAGAGUUCUGGGAAAGACACGGAACGUACAACUACUCCAAAAUACUACAACUGCCCUGGAAAACAGUGA